AUGAGAACAGCAGGAGAACAGCAGGAGAACAGCAGCAGAACAGCAGGAGAACAGCAGGAGAACAGCAUGAGAACAGCAGGAGAACAGCAGCAGAACAGCAGAAGAACAGCAGGAGAACAGGAGGAGAACAGCAGGAGAACAGCUAGGAGAACAGCAGGAGAACAGCAGGAGAACAGCAUGAGAACAGCAGGAGAACAGCAGCAGAACAGCAGGAGAACAGCAGGAGAACAGAAGAACAUCAGGAGAACAGCAGGAGAACAGCAGGAGAACAGCAUGAGAACAGCAGCAGAACAGCAGGAGAACAGCAGCAGAACAGCAUGA